GUGGCUGCUGGCCGAGCGGGCCGGUUUCUCGACUUGGGAGCCGAGAGUGGGAGUGGGAGGCGCUGCUGAAGGAGCGGCCACCCCUCGAGCCCGGCUAGCCCAGCCCGGGGGCCCUGCGAGGAAGAUGCUCCCUUUGUCCAUCAAGGACGAUGAGUACAAGCCGCCCAAAUUUAAUCUGGUCCGCAAGGUCUCCGGGUGGUUCAGGUCUAUCCUGUCUGAUAAGACAUCACGAAACCUCUUUUUCUUCCUUUGCCUCAACCUCUCCUUUGCCUUUGUGGAGCUGCUGUAUGGCAUCUGGAGUAACAGUUUAGGUUUAAUAUCAGAUUCAUUUCAUAUGUUUUUUGACUGUACUGCUCUAUUAGCUGGACUGGCAGCUUCGGUUAUUUCAAAGUGGAGAUCAAACGACGCUUUCUCUUAUGGGUACGUUCGAGCAGAAGUUCUAGCUGGUUUUGUAAAUGGUCUGUUUCUGAUUUUCACCGCAUUCUUCAUUUUCUCUGAAGGUGUUGAGAGAGCACUUGAACCUCCUGAUGUGCAUCAUGAAAGGCUUCUUCCUGUGUCCAUACUUGGUUUCCUUGUAAAUCUUAUAGGAAUUUUUGUGUUUCAACAUGGGGGACAUGGUCACUCUCACGGCUCUGGACACGAGCACAGCCAUUCCUUGUUUAAUGGAACCCUAAGUCAUGGUCACAGCCAUGGGGGACAUGGUCACAGUCAUGAUUCCAAGUCUGGUCAUGGGCACGGCCAUUCCCAUGACCACAGCCAAGCCCAUGGAUGUUCUCAGAAUGAUCACCUAGCUUCAGGGUCCAGCAAGCAGAUUUUAGAAGGAGUAUUUUUACACAUUGUGGCCGACACACUUGGAAGUAUUGGAGUAAUUAUAUCGGCACUACUGAUGCAGAACUACGGUCUCAUGAUAGCUGACCCUGUCUGUUCAAUGCUCAUAGCCCUGCUUAUAGGAGUAAGUGUCAUCCCUCUUUUAAGAGAAUCCAUUGGAAUUUUGAUGCAGCGCACACCUCCUUCCUUGGAAAGUUCUCUGCCUCAGUGCUAUCAAAGGGUUCAGCAGUUGCAAGGAGUUUAUAGUUUACACGAUCCACAUUUUUGGACCCUUUGUACUGAUGUUUACAUAGGGACCUUGAAACUGUUUGUUGCUCCAGAUGCUGAUGCAAAGUGGAUUUUAAGCCAAACUCACAACAUUUUUACUCAGGCUGGAAUACGACAACUGUAUGUACAGAUUGAAUUUGCAGCCAUGUAGCACAUAACUUACUGUUCCCUUUGGACCAAAGCUUUCUAGUACUGUAAUGGUUUAAGACUUUGUACUUUCAUUGGAACAGAUAUCCCCUUCAUCUCUACAUUUCUCCAAAUCUGAACAGAGACUGCCAACUUUUGGCUGCAUAAAGAGAAAAAAAUAGGAAGGGUAUGGACCUUAAUCUUCAUGAGCCCCAAAUAUUUGUGGAUUAUUUGCUGAGUUCCAACAGCAGACUUAAUAAUGUGGUUCUGUAAUCAUUGGUUAUGCUGUUUCCAAAGCUGCUGAAGUUUUUGCUCAAUCCCACGAAGCCAGUGUUGUUACAGGGAAGGGGGCUAUAAGGAAAUUUUAUUUUGCUUAUGUUACAGUGGUUGACAUUCUGCAACCGAACUGUAUGUUAAGACUGUUUGUACUUUUGCAAACUUAAUGAACCGAACCAUAUUGGGUUUUAGUGCCUUUAUCAAAAUAUCUGCCAGCACAGAUAUGGAACAUUGGGGGAUUUUAUUAAUUUUCACGGCUACUAAUUGUGCCCAGUAGAAUUCUUGCUUGUGAUUGGUGUGAUUUAGCUAUUCAACUUCCUCUCGCUAUUACAUUUUAAAUUUCCAUGGAGGUGAAUCUUCAGUUUUAUAAUGCAAAGGUGAAAUGAUUUCAGAAAGUUUGUUUACAAAGUGCUUGACUACCAUGAACUACGACCAGACUGAAAGAGCCUCGGCUUUCUAACAAUAAUGUAAAAUUACUGUGUUUGGUCAUUACACCAGAGGAAAACCUGCAGGAAUGUGAUGCUACCACUUGGUCUCUUCAAUUUUCUUUCAUAUCCAGACUUCUUAAUGUGUAUAAGCUGUGCUAUAAGAUUACUAGUUGACAUGUUUUUUUUUUAAUGAGGCACUUGAAAAGGAUGCUUUGUAUGAAUCACCUCCUCCUCCUGGUUUUGUUAGCUGAGGAGGGGAUGCUAUGUCUGGCUGACUUAAUUGGAGAAUGAAGGUUUUAUAGAUGAUGGCCAAUAGAUGAUAUGAACUUUGACUUCCAAUUCCAUGUUUGCACCUAGUAUUUCAGUCUUGAAGAGCCUAUAAAUAAAUAUUUAGCCAGAACGUUUGCCCAGGAAAUUCCCCCAUCCCCCAUCUGCAGCAGGGCCCAUAGUUAUGUGCCUAAUAUCAUGGAACAUAAUUGCCUGUAUAUUUUGAAGUGUGACAUGACAUUUGAGUUUAAAUCCAGCCAUAUGUUUUCCAGUAAAACCCUAUGACCCUUAAUGCCAGAAGUCUUUUAGUAAAUUUUUCUAUGAUUCAACCAACAUCUGCUCCAAGCUGCCACCUUUCAUGCUUUAACUUAAUUUUGGGCUUUCUCUUGAACUUUACAAGUGCUCAAUAGUAGGUAUUUUCAACAAGUCCAUCCCUAGAGUCUAAUGUAUCGUUUAAAGACCCAGGGGAGCUGAUGACAUGAGCCUUGACCAUGGAAUCUGUGCUCUUCUGUUGGAGUUUAUCUCAGACACAGAAUAACAAGGACCUCAUGAAUGGUAUCUGAUGUUGAAGCUGAUUGUGGAAACUGGGGUAUGUGCUAGGAAGCACUUUUUACUAAUCAGAGCAGCUGAGAAGUGUUUCUUAAAUUUGUGGGAACUACGCCCAUGAUUUUUCAAAAGGCUGUUCGCCCUGUUACAUGGAGUAAUCAAGACAAGGUUGCAUUAGGAAAACCCGGACUUGCUGUUUGAUGAUGAAAUUGUUUCUCCAAAAUACACAUAUUACAAUUGUGUUGGUUAACUACAUCUUAGGUUUUUCUGAUGCCUACACUAGAGAGUUUGCUGGAAUAGUGUCUAGCGUGGCCCUUGUUUUAUGAGCAAUAAAGCACCCUUGUAAACUCAUUUUAACCCAUUUUGAUCUUAGGCAAUCUCUUAUGGGCUGCUUAAGUGCUAGUUAUACUUUGCUUGUCGCAAAUUUAGCAAGACAGAAGCUGUAAUUCAAGAUGUGAAGAUGAACCUCAGCCCAUUACUGUUCUAUAGAGGUAUGGCUAGAUUGUAUUCCUUUUCACAGGACACAUGCUUGACAAAUUAUUAUUUUCCUUUAAGGGUUAAACAUAUUUUCCAACAUGGAGAUUUCCGUAACAUGCGAUAUGCCGUCUAACUCUCCACACGCACUGUGCCAAAUGUCUGUGCCAUUUGUCAUUCAUGACCUUCAAUAAACUCAUAUUAUCUCUAUGUGGAAAUGAUCUACCUGAAGGAGCCUAAUAAUAUGUGAAAUGGUUGUCAGUCCAGUUGACUUUAUUUUCACUUAUUAGUUAGAAAGGAUUGCCUGUUGGUCCUGCUCAGCGCUACACUUACAUUGUCUAAUGAAGGUUUCCAUUACUUGAGAGCACAGGCUAAAUGACCGGAUGGGACUUUUAAGCCUCAUUUUAGCGGUAUUAAUUUGGCUAACACCUUUUGCAAGGAGUUAAUUGUGGUUACUAUCGCUGACUUUUCUCAGUCCUAUGACACAUAACUUGUUAAGUCAUACUCCACCAAAAAGGCAGCUUUGAAAUGUGUUUGUCUUUGAAGGCAUAGAUUAACUUUGGUGCAUUGCUAUGGUGUGACCUACAUUUCAAGGCAACAGUUUAAUUAUCCAAUAAACAAAAUGUGCAGAUUCAUUUCCAUCACAAUGCAAGCUUUUCAAUUUAGGGGGAAUGAGGUUUUAUUAGAAUGGGAUGUCUGAUCUUAGAAAGAAAAUAAAGUAUCCUUUUAUCUUGUAACAUGAGAGUGUUUAUUACUGAGUAAAUAGGCUCGGCAAUCCUAUUUUUCAUAAAAAGGCUGUGGUAGAUUUCUUGAGACUCAUAAAUUUGUCUUCCUUUUAGUGAUCUAUUGGUAGUUACAGGGGUGUAUGUAUACAGGGCGGGGGGAGUUUCAGUUCCAUUGAUCAGCUGAAAUGAUUAAAAUACUGUUAAGGGAAUAAUUUAACAUAAAUACUAAUGCUCAUUUUUAUCGCCAUAAUGUAUUUCUCGUGCACUGAAGAGGUCAUAACUGUGAAUAUUUUUCCCUGGAUGUUGUAUCCAAGCCUUUAGCGUAGGGUGUGGAAGGCAAGCAUGUCUUUGUAUUUCAGUGCAGUUCAAUCAUCAGUAUCCCAACCUUAAUUUUUUGGGUUGACCUAACUACUCCAGUAAACCAUGUGCUGCAUAAUAUGAGAAGAGGUGGGAAUAAUCUCCUUAGUCAUCCUAGUCCUGAGAUACCUUUUUGUAGAAUAGCAGAAAGAUGGUUCUAAAAGUGAAAGUGUCUGAUUGCGUUGACGCUAAACAGUGACCAGCAAACGAAAUGUGGUGGUGCAGUUCUGUUAUCUAACUGUUGAGGAAAUUUGAAGAAUUAAACCUGAAGCAAUGCUGGUUGCUAACUGAAUUUUACCAGGUGUUGAAAGACGCAUGCACACACAAUUAGUGAUUGGCAAUUGCUAUCCCCUAUUAGACAUACAUUGCAAUUUAAAUCAGUUACUAAACUUGAGGAAAAACAGUACAACUAUGCAUCGAAAUAUGUCAUGCUGCUUUGUUUUGGCAAACAUGGCUGCCCUGAUGUGGAGAAGACCUUUGGUGUAUGCCCUGUCCAGUUUCAGAUCAAGUAAUUUUACUUUGUUGACCUUGUCCUGGUUAUUCUAAGUAGCUGUUUUGUUGCUUUUUGCUGCAAGGAAUCUUUCUCCAAUGUACAGUUCUGUGUUGCUCAACGUUUCCUUUCUUCUUGGUUGCUGUUUCCUGUUGUAGAUGAUUGAUUUUCAGCAUUCUCACACUUAAAAGAGUUGUCCCACUAAUUUCCUCCUUAAGCUAUUGUAAAGGAGCCCUGUGGAAUAAGCAUACUACACAUACCAAAUCUCAGCAGGCAAUUGAUAAUGCCUUGGCAAAUUUGAAAUGAACCCAUUUUGAUGACUGUUGCCUUGCCGCUUUCUCUUUGGGAUCAGUUUUGGGUGUGAAAUGCUUAACAAUUCAUAGGCCACAUCACAGAGGUGUAUCAUGAAGGAAAUUAAUGAUAAGACAAAGUGAUCUUAUUGCCAAUACUUAACCUGUGCAUUCUAAUGUAGUCUGGCUUGUCUGUGAAAUCCUAAAGGGGGGUGGGUGGGGGAUAUUUCUGAAACCAUUUCCUAAAUUGCACAUGAGGUGAGGACUUUGCUAUCAUCAGACUUUUAUUUUGUUUGUCAGUGCAUGAUAGAUCUUCACUGCUAGGCAAAUUCAAACAGGUGAUUAUACAUCCACGACGAUUGUAUUUGAUAUCUGGGAAUACUAUAGUAGCCAGUCUGACUUGCCCAAAGCAAUAUUCAAUAUUUUAAUUAAUCUUUUUCUACUUGAAUACCUAUUAAAUAUUUAAACAGCAAUGUUUGAGACAGUAGUUGGGAUCAAUUUUCCUACCAAUAAACUUCCUUUUUUAAAAGCCCAAA